AUGGCAAAAGCACUACCGAAGUAUGUCAUCAUACAAUCAGACGAUAACAAUAGAUAUUUGCGAAUCGACACAGAAUAUCCAAAUUUACCUAAUACCCUCAGGUUCGAGGGAGAACACAGUUUCGGGCUCGAGACGAGAUUCGAGGUCGUGCCAGCUACCACCGGAAAUGGACUCGUUCAUAUCAGGUCUUUGCUCAAUAACAAGUACUGGGCAACAACCGGUGGUCCCAACAGCUGGAUAACUGCCAUGGCCGUUAAACCUGAGGAGAAUCAGUCUGAAAAACAUUGCACACUCUUCCAGCCUGUUUUCGUGCAUUCCAACAGCAACAGCGUCGCUAGGCUUCGCCAUGUCAAUACCGGCAACUAUGUUAGGAGGUAUAACGGUAACUCCGAUACCGCUAAUUUUCUCGGUUGCUUGACUUUAUUGCCUAAAAUGAAACCAGAUGACAAGACUGUUGAUGUGUGCACCUUCAUUGACUGGGAAUCUGUCGUUACGCUGCCCGACCUUAUCAGGGUCAAGUUCAAAGAAAGCCAAAGCCACGCAAAGGCCUUUGCUGAUGGGUAUAUGGACUUGCGUUCCAGAGCCGAUAAUUCCUCAAUUUAUGACUUCGAGGUGUCUCCAAGUCGCGAUGGAGGCAUACGCCUGAAGAGUACUCAGUUUGGCACUUACUGGACGGAUAUGCAACCUAAUUCUUGGGUAUGCUUAACGCAGGCUUGCCCCAAAGUCCAUGACACCAACACCGUAUUUUUACCCACAACACUUGAUGGAAAAUUCGUCGCCAUGCGAUGUCUGAAGAACGGCUUGUUUUGCAAGCGAUACACAGGAUAUGGUAAAGACAGCUGCAUCGCCACACACCACAGCUAUCCGGACGAGUUCAGCUACAUGGAGAUUGAGGAACCUGUUUUCACAAGGACGAUCUCCAACGUCAGAUAUCACCUUACUGAUGCAAGGCGUUACAAUGAGAAAACUCUUGCACUUAUCACUGAUGAUUCGAUCAACAGAACUCAACAUCCCCAAACGUCACAAAUAAAUCUCAAGAUGACAGUUAUUAAAACAACUAAUUUGAGUAACAGUACCACCUGGAAAGGGAGCGUCAAAUUGACUGGUACCCUUGGUGUCCCACUCAUAAAAUCGGGUUCGCUUGAGAUUUCCGCUGAGCGUAGCCAAUCUUGGAACUGGGGAGAAACGGAGAUGGAAAGUGUUGAAGUGGGGUCUGUGCGCACUAUCACUGUGCCACCUAUGAGUAGAGUGAAAGCGAGUUUGAUGGCAACACGGUGUUCGUAUGACAUACCCUUCUCAUAUACUCAGCGUGACGUCCUGAAAAAUGGGACAACAAAAGUUUACAAAAAGAAUGAUGGCCUUUUUAGUGGCGACAACGGCUACGAUUAUAAGUAUGACAUUGUCGAGCUUCCUCUAGAGUAA